GAAAUAGAUGCUUAAUUGUCUAGCUUAAUGAUUAAUCAGAAUAUUAUCAAAGAAAUUCUUUGGAUAUGGAACAAUACGACUUAUAUCUUUCAUUCUUAGUAAUAAUUGUUGUUAAUAUGAUUUAUACGACAACUUUGUUUCAGGUACAUGGUGAAUUGACCAGAAACUAAGAAUGUAACCACAAUCAUCAAAGAAUUAUAAAUUGGCCAGUACAUUCAUAUAACGAAUACUAAGGUUCAACAGCCACAAAGAGAUUUCCUUGGGAACUCCUUUGAAUACCAGAAGAUACAGUUUUGUUUUUUCAGGACAGUUUAUGCUAUUAUAUUGUCUAAAGGGAUUCCAACUACAGCAUAUGACAAUGGAACAACCUGAAUAUUGCCAAUAUCUAUUGGAUGACCAAUAACAUCUACAACCAUAUAAACAAUAUUAAGAUAAGUAUCUAUAAAAGGAAGCAUAUAGAUUAUAAACAAAAACACUUUAAGGAAUUGGUGACGUUGGUGUUACUUGUGAUCAAUAUAAUGUAUUCAUGUCGCGUAGGUCGGUAAUUUCCAGCAGCUGCGGUUAGAGAGAAAUUCUCAAUAAAUCUCCAUUGUCCAACCACCAGUUUUUGAACACGAGAAAAGAAGGGUCUCUUGCAGGUUUGCUUCAGUUUCAGGGAUAGAUGUCAAUACUUAUAUAUCAAGGCGAUCAUAAAAGUCAAGCAGCAGAUAUUUACGGAGCUGUGGAUUGGAUAUAUGACGUAACCUACUGACGGGAACAAUGGUUUUAUCGAUCAUAAAAUUCGUUUCUUUGUAGUAGAUAUGGAGUAAGUAGUCGACAUUUAUAAAUAUAAUUGACAACUUUUGUCAACAUCAUAUAUGUUGAAAUUCCUUUUAUUUUCACAACUUAUAGAAACGUCGUCAUUAAGUGUGUUGCUUAUUAAACAUUUGCUCACGCUUUCUAAGAUUUGUGGCAUUCGACAGAUGCAGACGUUGUACUCUGUAUUUUAUAUUUUUGGCAAAUUAAUUGGAGAAAAGGUAAUGUACUUUAAUUUUUUUUAAAGUGGUCAAGCAGAUAUUAUCUGUAUAUUUUUAUCAAAUUAUUUUGGUUAUCAUGAUAAGGUCGAUUUACGAACUUGACUAAUAUUGAUGGGUUUUUCAAAGUUGUGUUUGAGCCCAAUGAUGUUCCUGAAAUUGAUACUUUCAGAAAAAGGUAAUAUAUUUCGUUUAAUGAGUUCCGAUUUAUAAUUCUUUGUAGUUGGAUAAGUUUAUAUUUUUUGUUAAUUGUCUUUCUAGGAUUGAAAAUAGAGAGUUCUGAAGAUACUUUCCACAGCAGUUGUUCUUUUUUCCUUAGAAACUUUUCCUUAUAAGUUCUGCUUUUCAUAUUUUAUUAUUAUCUUAUCUAUGUUUCGUUUAAUUUUAUGAAUGAAAUAUUUGGAUUGUCUAUUUUUCUUUUUUUUAUCUUAAUAGCAUAACUAAGUUUAUAUAAGUAUUUACUUCCACAUACUAAACUUUGAUUACACCUAACCAAUAACACAAGUUUUUAACGGUUUAAGUAAUUGACCUAAUACAACAUAAUCAAUUUAGUUCAAUCCGUCAUUGUAUAACAUGUAAUAUAUGAGACGCGAACUUUUACCUUCUGAAUAUCUAUAGACUCUAAAUUACAAAUUUUUUUAGUCUAUUCACUCCGUGUAGGGCGCAGAUCAUCAUCUAGUAGAUUAUUAAAACUUGAUCAUUGCUAUUUCUUGCCUUUCAUUUACCUUGGUAUAUUAUUUUUUCUACCAUUACUUUUUCAACGGGAAUUAUAUCCUUCAUUGAAGACAUAAAGAUAAUUUAGUUAAUGUACCUCCAUAUAAAUCUAACUAAAGCUAAUUGUAUGACCGUUGCCUUUUACUAAUGAAUUUUUCUUGGGUUGUGAACCAACAAAUUAUAUUUUGAUAUUUCAUAUUCCAUUUUUUAAAAGCAAAAUAAUAAGUAUUUGCCAAGUUAUAUUAUAUUUUUUUUAAAGUAAAAAUAAAUACAAAUAGUAAUAUGUCAAAAAAUAGUAAUAGUUGCAAAAAGUGAUUUUUUAAAUAAUUUUAAAGCAAACACUAAAUCCUAAACCGUUGGGUAAACCCUAAAUCUUUGGGUAAACCUUAAACCCUUGGAUAAAUUUUAAAUCCUAAAUCAUAAACACUAAAUCUUAAAAACAGUAAACUCUUAAUCCUAAACCCUAAAUCUUUGGAUAAAUUAUCCAAGGGUUUAUGAUUUACCUGAUAGUUUAGAGUUUAGUGUUUAGGAUUUAUUAUUUAGGAUUUACGGUUUAGAGUUUAGUGUUUUGCUAACAGAGUUAAAAAUAUUUUUAAAAAAGUCUUCUUUUUUUGGCAACUACUAAUAUUUUCAUUUUAAAAACAUAAUAUAACUUAGCAAAUUCUUAUUAUUUUGUUUCUUUUUUAAAAAUAUAUGGAAUAUAAAAUAACAAAAUUUUAUUGAUCGAUGAACCAAAGAAAAAUUCUUUACUAAUAUAUAAAUAUUUCCUAACAUUCAUUUAAUCAAAAUGGAUAUGAGUAAAGCGUAAUAGGGUGGAAUGAGAUUUUAUUAAGGCUCUACUACAAAAAAAUAUGUUUUGAUCUACAUUGGAUUAAACUAAUAAUGGAGUGUAUCUCGUCGGUUCAAUAUCGGGUUUAAAUAAAUGGUCAACCACGGGGUCUCAUUGUUCCACAUAGGGGUUUACGUCCAGGAGAUCCUCUAUCUCAUUAUCUAUUCAUUUUAUGUACUGAGGCUUUGAUUGCAAAUAUCAAAAAAGCGGAGAGAGAGGGCAACUAUUAACGGGAUGAAGAUAGCCAGAGCAUGCCAAUCGAUUUCUCAUAUGCUUUUUCCGGACAAUAGUCUAUUUUUUUGUAAGGAUUGAAUAGACUUAUCUACUAGGUGAUGAUCCGCGACCUACACGGAAUAUGAGGUCAGAAUUUUAAAGGAAUAUGAGGUCGUAUCGGGUCAACUCAUCAAUUUUGACAAAUCCUCAAUCCAAUUUGGACAUGAGAUUGAGGAAUCAACCAGACAUGAGUUAAGAGAUAUAUUGGGAAUCCAGAAUUUGGGGGAACGGGAUCUUACCUAGGUCUACCAUAAAAUCUUAGAGGUUCCAAGAUACAAGUUUUUAGCUUUGUGCAGGAUCGGUUAAAUAAUAAGGUCAAUGGUUGAACUUUUAAUUUUUUUACUAAAUGAGGAAAGGAGGUGAUCAUUAAGUCAGUGGUCACGGCAUUACAAAAUCAUAUGACGUCUUGCUAUCGUUUACGUAAGACAACUGCAACAAAACUGACAAGUGCGGUAGCCCAAUUUUUGUGGAGUCCAGGGGGAAGCACAAAAGACAUGCAGUGGAAAUCAUGGGAUAAAGUUUGUGUAAAUAAAGAUGAAGGAGGUUUGGGUUUUAAAGAUAUUACUGAUUUCAACACAGCAAUGCUUGGUAAGCAGUUAUGGUGUCUGAUAGAUAAGCCCCAUACAUUAUUUUCUGGAGUUUUCAAAGGUCGGUAUUACAGGAACGCCUCACUCCUUGAACCGAUUCGUUCAUAUGCUCCGUCAUAUGGCUGGCAGAGUAUAGUAUCUGCUAGAACUCUAGUAAGCAAAGGACUAAUCAAAAGGGUGGGAUCGGGAUCAUCUAUAUCUGUAUGGAAUGAUCCAUGGCUCCCAAUCACUCGCUCGAGACCAGCAAACAAAAAUCAAUAUAAUCUUUACCCAAACCUUACAGUGGAUUUUCUCAUUGAUUCCACUUCUCGAACUUGGAACUCGCAGGCAAUUCGGGUUUUGGUGGAUCCCAAGGAUGCAAAAAUUAUAGAAAGUAUACAACUGAGUAGAAGUCUGAUGGUAGAUAGAUAUGAGAUAUAUACGGUUAAAUCAGGAUAUCAGAUAGAACGGAUUUAUCCAGACAAGGAAAAAACACCAAUACUGAUUGGACCCUCAGUUGACGUAUUAAAGGCUUUCUGCUGGAAAAUACGGUGCCUACCAAAAAGAAAACAUUUCUUAUGGCAAUUGGUGUCAGGAUGUAUAUCAGUUAGGAAAAAUCUGCGAGCGAGAGGGAUACAAGGGGACAAAUGUUGUGCAAGAUGCAGAACCGAUGAAGAAUCGAUAAACCAUGUGUUUUUUAUCGUCCUCCAACACUUCAGAUUUAGGCCAUUUCAACGAUACCUUCAAAUCCAGCCAUUUUCCCAACAAGUUCACUCUUUACAAACAUGGAUCAUCUCUUUUGGCAAGUUCUCCUGCAGAUGGAUGAUCAUCGGUUUGUAUGGAUCGGAUGGUACAUUUUAAAAUGACGGAAUAACAAAAUCUUCAGUAAUCUGGACAAUGAUCUCAUGGACACACUUAAAUUGGCAGAAACAAAAUCUACAUUAUGGGCUGAGGCACAAAUAUUUGGACACACAGAGGACACCACCACACAUAGAGGCAGUGAUCCUACCCUUAAUACCAAGAAGAUAGUGUUUCACAGAUGGUUCUUGAAAAGAGAAUGAUAUAGUCUCUCGACAAGGUUGGUUUAGUACUCUAAUAGGUUUUGAUGGGUUGAUGGGGGCGAGGAAUGUUAGGGCUAAUAUCUUCCCUUUUCAUGCGGAGAUGGAAGCGCUAUUAUGGGUAAUGGAACGUAUGAGGAACUUACGACAGUUUCAGGUUACGUUUGCAACGGAUUGUUCUCAGUUGGUGAAGAUGGUUUCGGAACCAGAAGAAUGACCAGUUUUUGCAAGCUAUUUAGAAGAUAUCAAGACCUUGAAAGGAAGUUUUUCAGAUCAUAGAUCAUUUAUGUACCAAGGACACAAAACUCAAAGGCGGAUAGCCUAGCACGUAGUGUCAGGAAGCAACCGUUUUUCGUCGUUCACAUGGAUGCAGAUCUUCCGGUUUGGUUUACAGAGUCAGUAUGAGUCGGUAUACGUUGAUGACAAAAAAAAAUUCCAAUUUUUUUGGAGCCAACUUCUUUUACCUACAUUUAUUAAUCGACGGUUUCUAGAUAUUAAUAUGGAAAAUUAAUAACCUCAACAUUGAAGUGGAUAGCGUCGGAACUUUUUCCAGUGUCACGAAAUAGAAAGGUCAGUGUGAAUAUUUAGAUUUUAAAAUAUACCAACCUAAUGAGAUGAUAUUAUAAAACUCGGGUAAACCCGUCAUACGGACGGGCAAAUAAAUAAAUUAAUAAUAAAAAUCUAUUUUAAUGUUUGAUUUAUUUUUACUAAAAUUAGCAUUGACAUUCAUAAAUUUCUCAUAACAAUUUUAACUAUUUAUUUGACUAUACAUUUGUAAAAUAUAAUUAUUUAUUUUCUCUCAGUGUUUAUUUUUAACUAUAACAAUAAGUCGAUAAAUUUUCUUAAAAUUACAGUACAUUAGAUUUAGUAGUAAAAUUAUUUUCGCUCUCAGUUAUAUAUUUGUUUCAUGAAUUAAAUUAUUUAUAAAUAUUUUUCUUAAAAAUGUAUGAUAUACACAAUAUAAAAGAAAUAACUUAAUUAGUAUAAGAAUUUUGAAGUUCUGGCCGGAUAUGUGUUAGGUUUGCAUUUGGAUAUGAUGUAUAUGGUAAGAUGUUUGCUUUUGAAUAAUGUUUUGCGCGAAGAUUUCAGAAGGUAAACUGGAGGAAGAAUUAUAUAUGAUAUGAGUUAUUUUGUUUGUCUCUAAAGCUAGUUUAUAGUAUUCAAUACUGGUUACUUUGAUUCGCGAGAGCAGGUUAUUUUGGCAAAGAAGUAUUGGGGUGACAUAUUUGAUAGGCUGCGUAAGCUUUCAAAGGUGUUGGUGUUGUUGGUCUUUUUUAAAUGUGUUCCCAUAGUCAGUGGGAUUACUUUUUUUGUUAUGGACUUGCAAAGUUUGGUAGAUUAGUUUUAAAUAAUUAUGUUUGCGGAAGAGUUUUAAGCUUUAGACAGGAAAAGGGUUAUGUAUGUCGGCCAAUUAUUAUUUAGAUGAUCCUCCCUGGAAAGCUAACUUCACCUUCUUAUCGAGUAAAGAAUGAUAUUUGCCAAGGAAAUAGAACCUAAGUUGAAAUGCUUUUUUUUUAAUGUCUAUUGAUACUUUGUCCAAACAUCCAAGGUGGCGAAGAGCUUGAUAGUAGUGGUAAGAGACCGUAUGUUUACUUGCAUUAGAAGGUAAUGUUUUUAUGAUUAUUGUUUAAUUAUGAUUCUUUAUUUGCAACAGAAUCAGCUGUGUUCCGUCAAGGUGCGACGAAAACGAACAAUGUGUAUGUUUAGACAGUUCCGGUCCCAUUAGUGCAUAAUAUUGCAAUUGUCUUUUUUUUUUCAAUGCUGAGGACCAAAGAUAUAGUCUUUUAUUGAAAUAAUGGAUCGAGAAGCUAGACU